AUGCAGUUCAAGUAUAGCAACUCAAGUCUGGACAGGCAGCUCACUGCUGCCGCUGACGAUGACUUAGAACCUGGCUCCAUUUCAGAGAAAGCUUUGAGUUACUCUGUUGAUCCUCAGAACAAGACUGUCUACGGUAUCUUUCAAAUCUUUGCCCAUAACAAGAGUGAUGUGAACGAGAAGACAACUUAUAUCCUUGUUCCUGCACCAGAUGGUAGGAUGGGGUAUUUGGUAGUCAGUAUUGCCAACCAUUCUAUUGAACAAAUUCUUGUUCUCAGGAAGAUCUGUGCCGACUUGAAGAAUCUCUGUUACUCUAUGUCCGCCGAGGACUGGAAUUCUCUGACCUAUGAGGGUCAGCAGAUCCGAAUAAUGUCUAUCCUCCCUUCAUCCCCAAUUCGACAGAAAGUUCUGUGCGAUAAGAACAAGUGGUGUCAUUCUAUCGAACGACCCCCCGACAAUGUAUUCAAUGAGGGACUAUCAUGGCAGGCCCCAAAAUCUGUUCUUGACAACGCUUUUCAUGGCUUGCAUGAUACUCGGCGCGAAUCUUUGAGAACAGCAAAUCCUUCUUCGAAAACUAUGACUGUCGCGAGGAAGAUUAAAGCCUCAACUUACCUACGGCUUGGUAUCUGAAAUACAUUCCAAUAUUUUACAGCC